CAACUUUUUACCAGCAUUCAGAGUGUAUCUUCCUGGAAAACAUAAAGGAAUGUAUAAAAAUAUGGAGGAAGUAAAACAUUUCAUUUUGGAAAGAGUGAAGGAACAUCAGGAGAUACUGGACCCUAACAACCCUCAAGACUACAUUGACUGCUACCUCUCCAAAAUGCAGCAGGAGAAAGAAAAUCCUCAGUCUGAAUUUGACUUAGAGAAUCUAAUAGCUACUGCAUUGGACUUAUUUGGUGCAGGAACAGAGACAACUAGCAGCACUCUAAGAUAUGGCCUCCUCCUCAUUCUUAAACACCCUGAGGUCCAAGCAAAAAUUCAUGAAGAAAUUAAUCGUGUGAUUGGACACAAUCGAAUUCCUUCCAUAAAGGACAGACAAGAUAUGCCCUAUAUGGAUGCUGUGGUGCAUGAGGUGCAAAGAUUCAUUGACCUCAUACCUCUCAACCUGCCCCAUGCAGUGAACCAGGACAUCCAGUUCCAAGGAUAUACCAUUCCCAAGGGAACAAACAUCUUCCCAUUGCUUUCACCAGUCUUGUGGGACAGCAAAGAAUUCCCCAAUCCUGAGCAGUUUGAUCCUCAGCAUUUCCUGGAUAAGAAUGGAAAAUUCAAGAAAAGUGACUACUUCAUGGCCUUUUCUGCUGGAAAACGGGCUUGUCUUGGAGAGAGUCUGGCAAGGAUGGAGUUGUUUUUGUUCUUGACCACCAUUCUACAGAACUUUACCCUCAAACCAGUUGGAGAUCCAAAUGAAAUUAGCAUUAAUAGCAAUCACGUUGGUUUCACCACUGUUCCACCACUUUACCAACUAUGCUUUGUUCCUUAUAAGGCAUAAGACAAACUUGACUUGGUAAUUUGGAUAGCUGACUUCCAUUUCUGGACUCAAUACUCUCAUGCUUUUAACUGGAGUCCUCUGGAGGGAAAGAAAAAUUCCCAUCUAUGGAUGAAAUUGCAUCUUAAUUUCCAGAGAUCAUACAUUCUACCACAGUACCCGAUGUGUCAUUCAAUAGGUGUAACACUAUGAAAAUUUUCAUGCAGCCUUUACUCCAUGCCUAUAUCAGCAGGCAUGCUCUAAUUCACAUGCACAAUUCCAGUCUUAGGAUGUGGAAGAAACUGGAAAAAUACUCCCACCCCCUAAAAAAACCUGUAUUAGCUUGUUCUUUUCUUUUCAAAAACCCUCAAAAAAGAUCUUAUUUUGGAUUGUUUCACUCUUGUUGUAAA